CAGAGUCUGAGAAGUAGCAUAAAUACGACGCACGACAACGACACUUUUCCAAUAGCAAAAAGCAACAACCUAAGUAUACGAUAACUCACUUACUAACAUUUAACAAACCACAAUGACACAACGAACACAAGACUCACUAGUCUGCGGCGUCCCCGCUAGAGAGCUUAGAUAUGCCACAGUGCUGUGUUGGGAGAGACAGCAAGAGCUUAUGUUCGUGGAUUACAUCAUGGACCAUCUUGAUUUUGUCGAAAGGUUCAGGGGUUUUCAGGAACUUCUAAAGCAUCUAGGCGUGAAUGGUUUCAAGGACAUCAAAAAUGAUCAAGGCGAGAGCGUUCACAUGAUCAUUGUAAAAAAUGUCCAGGACAAGAUUACGUCUCUCAGAGCAAUAGCAGGGUUGAGAAACAGGGCCAUUGUAAAUAGCCGUGGAAUGGACCACGAAGCAUUCGUACGACGAAUUUCUCGAGACCUUUACGAGGAACGCCUCCGAAACAACACCAGAGCAAAUGCUGGCGGAAACGCUGAAGGAGAUGCGGAAGAAGACGCUGGAGAAAAUCAGUCACUCAUGGGUACCUUGGGAACCUACCUCCGUCUACUUGCCUCACUAGUUUAAAAAGAAUCCUCAUACACUUAGGUC